AUGUCUGUGAACAAUAAUAACCCUUCCAAGGGCAUUGGUGGGUCUUCAUCGUCCUAUGGAAAUGCUGGAAUGCAAUCCCCGUCUAUGUCUACAAACCCUGUGUUUUCGCAAGCCCAGGCCCAAGCCCAAGCCCAAAUUGCUGCCGGUUUUCAAGGGCAGUUUCCACAGUCUCAAGCUCAUGCUAUUGUUCAAGCACAGUCUAAAGCUCAGGCUCAAGCUCAGGCUCAUGCGCAAGCUGCGGCGGUAGCUCAUGCUCAACUCCAGGCUCAUUUGCAAGCUCAAGGGUUGACUCUUAACCAGAAUCAGGUUGGUGGUUUGGGGAAUUUAGGGGUUUCAUCGUCUUCUAUGUCUACGCCUGCGAAACGAGGUCCUUUGAAGCCACCUAUGCGGCCGGUUGGAUUUUUGCCUCAAAACAAUUUCUCACCGUUGAGACCGAUGGAACUCACACCUGCUGCAAGGAGGAAGAAGCAGAAGCUUCCUGAGAAACAGAUGCAGGAAAGGGUGGCUGCUAUCCUGCCUGAAUCUGCUCUUUAUACACAGCUUCUCGAGUUUGAGUCUCGUGUUGAUUCUGCGCUUUCUAGAAAGAAGGUUGAUAUCCAGGAAGCGCUGAAAAAUCCGCCUUGUAUUCAGAAAACUCUUCGGAUCUAUGUAUUUAAUACAUUUGCCAAUCAAGUUCGCACGAUUCCUAAGAAGCCUAACGCUGAGCCUCCAACGUGGACAUUGAAGAUAGUUGGGAGGAUAUUGGAAGAUGGUGUUGACCCUGAUCAGCCAGGAGUAGUUCAGAAGCAGUCUCCGAUGUAUCCUAAGUUCUCGACUUUUUUCAAAAAAGUAAUAAUUUCUUUGGAUCAGAGGCAAUAUCCCGAUAACAACAUUAUUGUGUGGGAGAAUUCUCGAUCACCUGCUUCUCAAGAAGGUUUUGAAGUGAAGAGGAAAGGGGAUAAAGAAUUUACGGCGAAUAUACGGCUGGAAAUGAAUUAUGCACCCGAGAAGUUUAAGCUUUCGACAGCAUUGACAGAAGUUCUUGGUAUCGAGGUCGAUACCCGUCCGAGAAUUAUUGCUGCAAUCUGGCACUAUGUGAAGGCUAGGAAACUGCAAAACCCUAACGACCCUUCUUUUUUUCACUGCGAUCAAGCUCUUCAGAAAGUAUUUGGGGAAGAAAAAGUCAAGUUCACAACAGUUUCGCAAAAAAUAUCGCAGCAUUUGUUCCCUCCACAGCCUAUAAUGUUGGAGCAUCAGAUCAAACUCUCGGGAAAUAGUCCAGCUGGGAGUGGUUGUUAUGAUGUGACUGUUGAUGUUCCUUUUCCAAUUCAGAGAGAGCUGUCUGCACUAUUGGCUAAUGUCGAAAAGAAUAAAGAGAUUGAAACAUGUGAUGAAGCGAUAUGUGGAAUCAUCAGAAAAAUUCACGAGCACCGAAGGAGACGGGCGUUUUUUCUUGGUUUCAGUCAAUCUCCCGUAGAAUUUAUUGAUGCCUUGAUUGAAUCUCAAAGCCGGGAUCUGAAAACUGCAGCCGGUGAACCUAGUCGCAGCGCUGAAAAAGAGCGUAAAUCAGAUUUUUUCAACCAACCAUGGGUUGAAGAUGCUGUUAUUCGAUAUUUGAAUCGCAAACCAGCUGCAGGAAGUGAUGCACCGGGAAGCACAUGA